AUGGGGGUACAUAAUUACAUUUGUGCAUUGUGUGGAAAAAGAAGGAAGAUCUUGGGUAUUAACACAGGUUAUGAAUCAGUGCUUCAGAUUGUCCUCAACUGGCAGCAAGAGGAUCGGAGGUGGCAGUUUGUUGUGGUGGUAGCCCGCAAGACGCUUGGCAAGAAGGAGCAGAAACCCUCACCAAAGUUUUCCUCCUGUUUUUCAGGUAAAGGUGAUGUGUUUGGUGAUAUCUUCUGGAAAGAAACUAGUCUAGCCCACGCAUGUGCCAAUGUUCGGGCUCUGACAUACUGCGAUUUACAUAUUAUUAAACGAGAAGCCUUGCUUAAAGUGCUGGACUUCUAUACUGCGUUCGCCAACUCCUUCUCGAGGAAUCUCACGCUCACCUGCAAUCUGAGGAAGCGGAUCAUCUUCCGGAAAAUCAGCGAUGUCAAGAAGGAAGAAGAGGAACGCCUGCGCCAGAAGAACGAGGUGACGCUGAGCAUCCCUGUGGACCACCCUGUGCGGAAACUCUUCCAGAAGUUCAAGCAGCAAAAGGAGAUGCGCAAUCAAGGCUCAACCCACAUCGACCCAGAGAGGAACCAGCUGCAGGUGGAAAGCCGCACCAUGCAGAACGGGGCCUCCAUCACGGGCACGAGCGUGGUCACCGUGUCUCAGAUCACGCCGAUCCAGACUUCCCUGGCCUACGUGAAAACCAGCGAGGCCGUGAAGCAGAACAACCGGGAUGCCAUGGAGCUCAAGCCAAACGGAAACGGAGACCAGAAGUGUCUCAAAGUGAACAGUCCCAUGCGGGUGAAAAAUGGGAACAGCAAAGGGUGGCUUCGGCUAAAGAACACCAUGGGGACCCAUGAGGAGAAAAAGGAAGACUGGAAUAAUGUCACAAAGGCUGAGUCCAUGGGCUUGCUGUCCGAGGACCCCAAGUGCAAUGACUCCGAGAAUGGUGUAAAUAAAAACCCACUGAGGAAAACGGACUCUUGUGACAGUGGAAUCACAAAAAGUGACCUUCGUUUGGAUAAAGCUGGUGAGACUCGCAGCCCUCUGGAGCAUAGCCCCAUCCAGGCUGAUGCUAGGCAUCCUUUCUACCCUAUUCCUGAGCAGGCCUUACAGACCACCCUGCAGGAAGUCAAGCACGAACUCAAAGAAGAUAUCCAGCUGCUAAGCAGCAGGAUGGCUGCCCUUGAGAAGCAGGUGGCAGAAAUUUUAAAAAUAUUGUCUGAAAAGAACGUACCCCAGAUCUCGUCCCCCAAGUCACAUUUAUCACCCCAGUUACCCUCCCAAAUACCCUGUCAGGAUAUUUUUAGUGUUUCAAGGCCUGCAUCACCCGAAUCAGAAAAAGAUGAAAUCCACUUUUAACAUAUACUUAUGUUUAUAUAUGUAUACAGUAUAUAUGCAGAGGUGUA